UAGUGUAGCAAAGAGAGAGAGAAAGGAGUGAAUGAAACGGAUAAAAAGAGCGAGAGAAGUUGAAGUGGAUUAUAAACAAUAUGGCUUCCGUCAUUUCGACCAUGAGAUCAAUAGCAAACCUGUUAACAGGUUAUUGACAAUCUUGAAAGACGUUGAUACAAAGGAAUGUUUGCUGUAAAUAUUGCCAGGAAGCAGAGCACUCACUCACUCAAUGGUCUGAUCUCAAGGUUGUAGUCAUGUGAGACGUCACGUGACACUCCUCCAUCACUAGAGCAGUCAACACACUGCUGGCAUUUGUACCAGGGGAGGAGAGACGAGCGAUGAUGGGAGCCUCAGGAAGGAAAACAUCGCCGAGCAUGAUCAUCUUCUCUCUACUUCCUCUACUAGUGGAAUGUGACUGUGUUUCAGCCUCAAGCAACUUGGCUUUAAAGAAACCAGCUCAGCAGGUCUCGGACUUCUCGACCAUAGGUCUGGCUGGCAAUGCCGUGGAUGGAUACAACGAUGGUCUCUACAACACAGGCUCGUGUUCUCACACUAAUGACAUCAAAGAUAACUGGUGGAAAGUGGACCUCAAGGGCUACUAUACUGUCACCCAAGUGGACAUCUUCUCUCGCAUUGAAGUCUGCUGCGCAUAUCGGUUGCAGCAGUUUGAGGUGCGGGUGUCCGUUAAGAAUCCCACAACAUUUCCCUCCACUGAAGGCCAUCGAUGUGCGUUCUACCCAGAUAUUGUACCCCUGAACGGCACCUCACUGACCUGCGAUCGACCAAUCACAGGCCGCUUCGUCAGCGUCUUCAAAGCUGCCUAUGAUCACCUGGAAAUCUGCGAGCUCCGCGUCUUUGGAGACAGAAGUCUGGGUGUCUAUGAGAAACUGUCAGAAAAUUCCAUCAUCAACGGUCCUGUUCGACGAAGCCUGCAGUCAGCCUCUCUUCUCAGCUGCGGAAUGGAAUGCGAGUCUGACCUGGACUGCGUGGCUUUCAAUGUUCUAGACACAUCUUCCCGACCUUUGACCUGCGAGUUGAUUGGCCUGCAGGACUUCACGGACCCCACACAAAGCACGCGGACUGGCUGGACGGCCUUCCAGCGCCUGACCUCUUAGCCCAGCUUCAAUUAAUUAGCUCCGUGGUUUAGCUUUAGCCAUCGUCAUUUGGUGACGAAGUGAACUUGAAUGCUUUGGAUGCUGUGAUAACAAAUAUAACACCUGCUGCUUUAGCGAAAGUCUUGUCUACUUACAGCUCUUGGUGAUACAGAGAAAUCUUAGAAGAAAAGAAGUCUUAACCAUGGAUGUGUAUAUAGGUGGACUGCUGUCUGUCGGAGAACCUAAGCAAUGAAUGUGAUUAAACCGGAAGCUUUGUAGUCUCGUGCCUCCUUUUAGUAGUUAAUCCGAAAUGUGAAUAAACCGGAAGCUAUCUAGUCUCGUGCCUCGUUUUAGUAGUCUACUACUGGAAAAAGUCUACUGCCAGCUGUCCAGUAAUACAAGUUCGUGGACUUAGCCUGUCACGUUAAACGGUUUGCCUAUAAUCUGUCUGAGUACUAUUUUCGCCAGUUCAUUUGUUGUUUUGUUUUGUCGUUGUCGCUUACAGCUUUACUGUCGUGAAUACUAGAUUAAAACACCAACCAAAAAAUUUCAAUAAUCUGAUGUAUUAGAUAGUCAAGAAGCAAAAUGCUUAACUUAUCUUACAUGAAAACACACUACAGUAAAUCCCUCUCCACGGCAAAAUCUUUGAUCGGCGAUCUACCCGACUACCCGCUGUCUCCUAUUAUUACACGAUGAAUUCCUGUCUCCAGAUAAUUUC